UUGACUAUAAACUGACGCUCUCUUCCAAGUCUCCUUGCACUCUCUCACACUUAUUUUUGCAUCUCUCACUUACUUCAACACCUAGAGUUCUGUGACAAUGGCGGGCGAGGUGGUUCUGUUGGAUUUCUGGCCUAGCAUGUUUGGGAUGAGGGUCAGGAUUGCUCUGGCUGAGAAGGGUAUCAAGUAUGAGUACAAGGAAGAGGACUUGAAGAACAAGAACAAGAGCCCUCUGCUUUUAGAGAUGAACCCCAUUAAGAAGCAGAUCCCAGUUCUCAUCCACAACGGGAAGCCUGUGUGUGAGUCGCUCAUCAUUGUUCAGUACAUAGACGAGGUCUGGAAUGAUAAGUCUCCAUUGUUGCCCUCUGAUCCUUACCAGAGAGCUCAAGCCAGGUUCUGGGCUGAUUUUGUUGAUAAGAAGGUUUUUGGAGAUGCACAGAAGGUAUGUAGCACAAAAGGAGAAGAGCAAGAGGCAGGCAAGAAGGAAUUCCUUGAAACCUUAAAGACAUUGGAGGUGGAGCUUGGUGACAAGCCUUACUUUGGGGGUGAAACAUUUGGGUAUGUGGACCUUUCUUUUAUCACUUUCUACAGCUGGUUCCAUUCCUACGAGGUCUUAGGCAAUAUCAACAUAGAGGCAGAGUGCCCCAAGAUUAUUGCAUGGGCUAAGAGGUGCAUGCAGAAGGAGGCUGUGGCCAAGUCUCUUCCUGACCAGAAGAAAGUUUAUGAGGAGCAUGUUGCUCGGUUGAGGAAAAUGUUUGUUUCGGAGUAGGGUAAUGAUUGGGCCUCAAUUUGGAAGUGCUAGCAUAUUAUGGUUUUGGAUGGUUAUGUAAUAGCGUUGUCAUUAGUUUCCAUUUAGCUUGCAAGACAGUUUGAUGUGUCUGUUGAGCAUUUCUAAAGGGCAUGUAUUGUACUGUCUAACUUGUAAGAUACUAUGAUGUGUCUCGAGAAUUCAUUUUUAUUACAAUAAGCGGUUACAAGUAAA